AGUGACGUACAUUUCAUGCGACUGGCGACUUCCUGAAUAUCCAUGUGAAGCACCACAUCCAAAAGUAUUUAAUAUUAUCUGUGUGUGAGAUGCGCAUUGUUUGUGACAACAAUUUGUGCUUCGGCUCAUGCCGGCCUGCUGCUGUUUGCAAAGAAACCUGUGAGAGGGGAAGAAACUGCUGAUUUAGACGUCUUUAAGCUCCUCGACAAGGACAACUGUGGAAUGGUGCACUGGUCUACUGACAAGUGAAGCUCAUUCUCAUCUUUCUGCUGCGGCCCCGCCUCUGGAGCCCGAUGGCCACUCGUUUUUUGGGCAGAUAUGCCCGCCUGCUAUGCAGGGCCUCCCCUCAAACCGCGGCUGCCUGCUUGCCUAUGUCAGCGGCCAGCCUGGCUCAUCUGCAGAAGAAUCGGUGCCAGUCGUGGACUUCAGUGAGGUCAAUGUGUGAGAGGCGGGUGCUGGCAAAGGACGAUGUGUUUUCAAACACGCCGACUCGCACCCAGCUGGAUGAGAUGGUGGAAAAGGCUGCAGUGCCUGAGGACAUCCUGCAAGCCUGGGAACAGCACGGAGGAAAUGGUAAUCAAGCAGCUUCUACUCUGUUGGCUUGGACGAGGAUGAUGCAGAAGACGCAGGGCAGGUUUGAGCAACAGCAUGCCAAGGACUCAAGAUUGCAGGAUCUGAUGGCUACUAUAACUCAGCAGAUAUCAACAGUGUGGAACGGCACUCUUGUGUCCGUCUUGCGGGCUUUCUGGGUGAUGGGCGUUCCCGCUACGGAUUCGGUGUUGGUGUCUAUCCAAACGGAGAUCCUGUGGCGAAUCCGCCGGUUAAGCUACAAAAACCUGGGCUUCCUGGCAGAGUGGGGGACCGGGAGGAAAGUACCGCAGGAUGUGGCCAUUGUGACCGCUGCUCUAAAACAGCUGGAACUGCGCUGGACUGAAAUCGCUGAUGCCAAAACAGUCAGUGCGCUCAUUUCCAAAGGACAACACGUGUCACCUGUCCUAAUGGAGAGACUAGAGGACAAGGCUUUGGAGCUUGCUGAAGUCUUUUCAGCAGAAGAGAUUCGCAAAGUGUGCGUGUCUUUAGCUGCGCUGGGCCGCAGGUCCGUGCCUCUCCUCAGGGCUCUGUCCUACCAUCUCCUCCAGAGACCGUCGGCAGAAUUCACCACUCCGCUCAUACUCGAUAUGGCCUUUGCAUACGGCAAGCUGAGUUUCCACCAAUCCCAAGUGUUCCAGCGAAUGGCGUCCGAGUUGAUGCCCAGAGUCUCUGUACUGACCUCCGCCGACGUCACGCGCUUUGCAAAAUCAAUGGCCUUCCUAAAAUGGCUUCACAUCCCCCUCUUUGAGGCCUUUGCGGAGCACUAUGUGGAACACAGUGAGAAAUACAGCACCUUGCAGCUGUGUAACAUGCUCAUGACGUUUGCCAGACUCAACUUUCAGCCUAGCAAAGGAGACGAGUUCUUUGAAAAGGUUCAUCCCGUGCUGGAGGACUCCCUCUCAGGACUAGAGCCUUUCCUUCGGACAGAUGUUGCAUGGUCCCUGUGCGUGCUACAGCAGUCCAGGCCACACUAUCUCAACCCGCUCCUCCAGCCGGAACAUGUUGCUCGGCUGUCAGAUGGCAGUCCAAUUCGAGGGGAGAACUACAAGCAAAAGCUCCUCCAUGUCGCCGCCACACUGAACUUGGAGCAUCCCGAAUCAUCCCCAUCCUGCACGGAUGCUUUGCCCAUCCCGGCUAGUACCUCCCCCAUAACCCCACUGCAGAGCAGCCUGAGAGAGACUUUGGGCACUUUGGAGCGGAGGAAUGGCAUGCAUCGCAUCGGGGUCAGCACUGUGUAUGGAUGGACUAUUGAGGGUGAAGUGGUAGUAGAUAGCGACAACAAGCCCAUUGACUUAUCCCAGCUGAGAGCUCCUCAUCUUCCAGAUGGAGGCGGAAAGCACCCUUUACCUGAAGGGGCACGACGAAUGGCUUUUGUAGCGUGGGAAUUCCCCAACUUUGUCUCCAAGAGUAAAGACCUUCUGGGACGAUUCGCCAUGAUGAAGCGACACUUGCAACUUGCCGGCUUCAUCGUCGUGGAGGUUCCUUAUUACGAGUGGUUGGAGUUGAAGACGGAGCAUCAGAGGUUGGCCUAUUUAAAGGACAAGAUGGGCAAGGCUGUGGCCGAGGACAUGGCCAAGUGAACUGGCUCGUCUUGAUCACAAUUGCAAAAUCAAUUAAAUCACAAGCUUUUCAUAUACAAAUUGGAUCACAGGGAAUACAGUAAACACACACACACACACACUGACGCAUGCUCAUACAGACUAGUGCAGCAUUGCAGAGGAGUGCUGUUGCGCCGAAAAACAAGAAAUAUAGAUCAUAUAUAAUGGCUAUUGUUCCCAUGACAACGCAUGGGGCUUUCCCUGUUUCCAUGGAAACAAUGAGCAAGCGUUCUUGAGUCAGAAACCCAACAGCGGAGGGCUUCGCAUCUUGAUACGGUCAGUUUCAAGUUGCAACAUCUGUGAGGAAUACUCAAUCGAUACAGAACAUUUGGCCAGGAUGUUGCGAUAAGGAAGCAUUCAGUUGAUGGUCAUAGUUUAAAAUAUUUGUGUGAGUCUUCAUGUGAUGGAAUAAAAAUCUUUUAUUGCUAA